CGCUCAUUUUUCUUGGUAUGUUGUGCAACUUCAAGAAAGAGGCCACAACGAUCAUCGGAACAAGCACAAGAAAGCAAACUUGCACACACCACGUUGCUUGCUUGAAACUUCACGAAGAUUGCCUCCAAUAGCUACUAGCUAGACCUAGUAGGUUUAAAUUUGUUUCCAUCCAUAUAUUUUUGAUUGACAGACGAUGUGUGGCAUCUUUGCAAUUUUCUCUUCAAGUCUGGCAGAAGCCGAGCUUCGCAAGGAGCUCAUCUCAUGUUCUUCCCGUCUUCGUCAUCGUGGCCCUGAUUGGUCUGGGUACAAGGUUAUUGAAGCAGACCCCACAAAGAACAUCAAGUUGCCACAUGGUAUUGCUCAUGAACGUCUCGCCAUUAUGGAUCCAGAAUCUGGAUCUCAGCCUUUGGUUUCCAAAGAUGGGUCUAUUAUUGUGGCGGCCAAUGGUGAAAUUUACAACUACAAGGAACUUUACCACGAGCUCAAGGAUCCUUAUACCCCCCAGACUGGGUCUGAUUGUGAAGUGAUCUUGCCGCUAUACAAUGAACACGGUCCCACCAUUGAACUUCCCCGCCGCCUUCGUGGUAUGUUCAGUGUUAUCAUGUAUGAUCGCAACAAGGAUUGCUUCUUUAUCUUUCGUGAUCAUAUUGGAAUCACACCUCUCUACAUUGGUUGGGGAAAUGAUGGAUCCGUCUACGUGGCUUCUGAAAUGAAGAGUCUUAUUGGAGAAUGUACCAAAUUCCAGCAAUUCCCUCCAGGACAUUGCUACACCAACAAGGGACCCAAGGCAGGAACUUUCGAGCGGUGGUUCACUCCCACCUGGGCCCCUGAAAUGAAGCCAGGUGUCCCUCUCCCCAAACAAAAAUUCCAAGCGGAUGCGUUGCGUCACGCGUUUGAACGUUCCGUGACACGUCGUAUGAUGUCAGAUGUGCCAUGGGGUGUGCUGCUUUCGGGAGGUUUGGAUUCCUCGCUUGUGGCCGCAAUUUGUGCUCGUAACAUUAGUCGUCGUUCCACAUCUUUCCCCAAGCUCCAUUCCUUUACCGUUGGUUUGGAAGGAGCCCCUGAUCUGGAGGCUGCGAAAAAGGUUGCAGAUUUUUUGGGAACCAUCCAUCAUGCCUACACGUACACCAUGCAGGAAGGAGCCGAUUCGGUGCGGGAUGUCAUCCGUGCUCUGGAAACCUACGAUGUCACGACGAUCCGUGCUUCCACACCCAUGUACUUGAUGAGCCGAAAGAUCAAGGCAAUGGGAAUCAAGAUGGUUCUGAGUGGAGAAGGUGCCGACGAGGUUUUUGGAGGCUACCUUUACUUCCACAAGGCUCCCAAUGCACAAGAAUUCAUGGACGAAACCAUUGACAAAUUGAGCCGUCUCUACAUGUAUGAUUGCCUUCGUUGCAACAAAGCCAUGAGUGCAUGGGGUGUGGAACCCCGUGUUCCAUUCUUGGAUGCCGAUUUCUUGGACGUGGCAAUGAACCUAGAUCCAGAAGAGAAAAUGAUCCAUACAGGCCCAGGAGUGGCACCAGCCGACAAACGAAUUGAAAAAUGGGCCAUGCGAAAGGCCUUUGAUACCCCUGAUGAUCCAUACCUCCCAGAGGACAUCUUGUGGAGGCAGAAGGAACAAUUCAGCGAUGGUGUCGGUUACGGCUGGGUUGAUCACCUCAAGGAUGUUGCCGAGAAGGAAGUUUCGGAUCAAAUGUUUGCCUCUGCCAAGAACCGUUUCCCUCACAACACACCAACAACCAAGGAAGGCUACCGAUACCGCAUGAUUUUCGAAGAGUUCUUCCCCGGUGAAGCUGCCGAGAAGACUGUCCCUGGAGGCAAGUCGAUUGCAUGCUCUACGGAACGUGCCAUGGCCUGGGACGAGAGCUUUAGUCAACGUGCCGAUCCCAGUGGCCGUGCUGCUGGCGUUCACGAUUCUGCCUACGGCGACCACUUUGAGGCAGACGACAAGGUCAGCGAACCAGCAAAGAAGAAAGCCAAGGCGUGAGCAGCUGGACAAUGACAGUGGCGCGAUGCCACUACAAAGCAAGCAAUCUAAAUAUCAUUUAAUCGCAGUAAAUAAUUGCCAUUCUGUUCCUGUUGUUGUUCCAACCAUG